UCCUCGUCCAAGAUGGCGAUCGGAUCGAAGAUAGAACUAGGACGGAUUGUUCUUUAUGUAUUUUUUCCUGUGGCAAUAUUCUUCUACUUUAAUAUGCCAGGAUCAUAUGAAGACUUCAUGACACAGAAGAAGAAAGAACUUUACCCACCAGAUGAAGAGUGCAAUAAACCUCCAAACACGACUGAAGGCUUAGCAAAAGCGUGGGAAAAAAUCUUAAAGGAGAAAAAAGACAAGACACAAAACUGAGAUAAUGAAGUGAUACCCAGAGUAUCAUCACAAGAAAUUGUGCGAACCACUCCAAAGAUAAGCUUUUUUUUUAUUUAAAGAUUAUUUACUGUCAGUUGACAAAUGAAUAACUGCACUAUACAUAGUAUUCAUACAGCAAUUCCAAAUGUAGCUUAUAAAAAUUAAGCAUCUUUUUUUAUAUGAAAAAAUAUAUUGAAUAGCACUCAGUGCUAUGAAAUGUUAUUUGUCAAUACAUAUGUUAGCUAAAUAGUUGUCAAUGCCAUUUGAGAAUCUUGCUCCCAACAUAAAGUGGUUCCUCUACCACUUCCUCCUCUUCUAUGGCUUCAUCCAACUUUAAACCCUGUACUCUAUAGCAUCAGUUUCCAUAUUCUCAAUACUUUAAUACAUCUUUGAGAAUGAUACAUAUUUGCCAACGGAAUUGUUGCUUUUUGUCAAUUAUUCUGAAUUGAAAUUAAUCUUCUCUAUAAUAGUUGAGAUUUCAGACAAAAAUAACUUUGUGCUACUGUCAACGCAAGUUGUUAAUUUAUCUUAACCCCUAUCGUUACAGAAUUGAACUCAAAUAUUUAAUGAUGUGUUGAUAUUGGAACUUAUGGUAAUCACUGGUUAAUUAUUUUAUAUAAAAAUAUUUUACUAUAGUUUCAAGAUGUUGAUUAGGUAUUGGAUAUAGGAGAAUUCUCCACCUACAAUGCAGAACUAUUCAACCAAACUUUGAUGACCUUAGUUCUCUCCUGUUACUUAACACUUUUUUGCUACUUCUAUAUUUCUUUGUGCAAACCCUUCAGUUUGCAUUCUUUAAGAAAUACCUCCCUCUCUGACACUUUCCCAAAUGUUAAUUCUUUGUCAUGGCCAGUGUAAAGUUUUUCAUGACUAAAAAUUACAGCUGCAAAGGGAAAUUCUUCAAAAUACACCCCUUACAUGAGGGAUCUACCAAGCUUAUAUAGCAACUGGAAACUGUGGAGUGGUUGGUAUUAGUUUGUCAGGGGAAUGCAGAUAGAAUUCACUGUUGCCCAUUGAGCUCUUCGGGGUUUCACAAUGCAUAUUGCCUGUUUUUGGUGUUUGAUGACUUUCCUCAAGGAGCUUCAGGACUUUAAUGCCCUGUUCAUGGAAUAGAAAGACAAAGGAAAACAAAAUGUUUCUAGGUUAAAAGUGAAGCAAAUUGAUAUGAAGACUGGAUUUCUUUAAUUUCGAUAUUUUGUACUUUUAAACUAUUUUUUUGUUUUCCUUAUUAAAGACAAUAAUAUUACAACUUUAAAGUUGCCAAAUUGUAACAGUAAUCCUCAAUCCCCCCAAGAAAAAAAGACUUAAAAACAUAACUGUUACUGGGUGGGUCUGGGUGACUGGAGUCUUAUUAGGUAACAUUAUAAGCUGAACAUUUAUAGUAACACCUAAGUUCACACACUGGAAAGCAAGAUAAGAGACAUUUUACCACUUCUGGUUUACCCUUUACUCAGAAACAUCAGUAUGCAUAUUCUCCAUACUGUUCACUACACAUUUCUUGAGGUGCUGUCAUGGAGAAUUUGUUUAACAAUUAAGAGCAUCUUUAGUUUUUGAUCAUUUACUUUAUU